AUGACCGAACCGGUAAUAUCCUGUAUGAAAAAUUUCGUUGUAUCCGAGAUAGCGAAAAUUACAGCGGAGCAUGAGCAAAUGAUUUCUGGAUGGAAACACGUCAAUUUGACAGAGGAAAACAUCAGACAUCUAUAUGAUCUCUUGAAAAAUUGUAGCAAACAGGAGAUCCAACUUUUUGAACAGAACAAUUUCCUGAAGGGCGCAAAGAAUUACGAGUUGAUCACUAGAAAAUUGAUACCGGAGGAGAAAACAAAAGAUGUAACGAAGAAUGCCAAAAAAGGGUCGAAGAAAAAGUCGGGGAAGAAGAAAGGGAAAUCUGCGAACCAAAGCGAUAAUAACAACGUUAGUAGAAACCCUCCCAAGGAGCUAACAGAGACUGAAAUACAAAAAAUUGACAAAAAGAGUGAGACAACAUCUCCGAAAUCACAAUUUGCCAGUUCACACCAAGAUAUUGAAAUUCCCAUUAGUUCGAGCUCAAAGUCAGAUCUGUCUCAGAAUGAUAGUGUUCAAAAUAAAGAAGAAAGUUUGGAUUCAAAACCUACAGCGCCUGACACCGAAGAACCUGAUGUGGUUACUGUGAAACCAGCUAAUAAACCGACAAAACCAGAAUCAGAAAUCAUGGCUACCGUAACCAAGACUGCAGAAGCACAAGCUAUUACUCAAGAAGCGACAACUGCGACCAAGUCAUCUGAGCCACAAUCAGAAGGCUCGGCCACAGUAACCCAGACCGCAGACUCUGGUGAGCAAUCUAAGAAUCCCGACAAUGCAGUCUUUAAAACUCCGCAUUUACCCAAACGGCUAUUAACCUCGGAAAAGUUUGAUGAGGAUGAGAAAAUGGACCAGAUUGCAAAAGCCGUUGAUCAGGCAUUUGAAGGUGGUGACGUAGCGACAAUAGCUGAAAAAGCUCCACCUUCUCCAACACCUUCUCCCACUGAAACUUCAGACGAGCCGAAAAAGAAGGCCAAAAAUCCAUUCGAUAAUGAGCACUUGUUUAUUGAGCCACUCUGCACUGCUAACACGAAAAAUCUUGAGACUACGACUGCUACUGAUAUUAUGCCGCUGGGAAAUCACUAUAUGAGUCCAGAGUCAAAUGCAUUAAAAUCAAAUUUGCAAAAACUGGCGACGGAUAUCUCGACGGAAGAGCAACAGAUUAGAGCUCGGUUGGAAUCGGGGGAGCCUGCAGAUACGGAUGAUGCUGCUCUAGAAGAUUUUAUCGCUAGGGCAAAUACCGUUUUGAAAGAGACAGAAGCGGUGACAGUUCGAAAAAUUGCAGAAGCAGAAACUCGCAAAUUCUUGUCAGCGUUACGGGUACCGAUUGGAGACUCUUUCGAAACAAUCUCAAAGGAUCUCGUGCAAGAUAUUUGGCCAAAAACCAACAAGUGGAGAAGUUUUGCCAGAAAAAAUAGUGGAUGUCCACCACUAGAUGAAAUCAAUCUGAAAGAAAAGAGAAAAAAGGAAGAACAAGUGGAACGAGACGUUCGAAGCGCAAUCAAAGCAGCCGGUGAGCCAUUGAACAAAAAACAAAUUGGCCAGAUACGAAAAGCCGCUAUCACGUACAGAGAUUUUGAUCUCAAGGAGCAGCAAGAGCUGGACUUUAGAAGUAACCAUAUUUCAAAGCUGGUGGAGUUGGUUUCAGCAUAUGAGGAUUCGAACAAGAUGGAUGAAUUGAUUUGCAUGCGAUUGGCAAUCGCGUUUUGUACCAAGCGGAGGGAUUACUUUUUGAAAAUAAAACCUCCGAAUUUCAUGCAAUUCUCGUACAUGUACAUCUUUUUGCUGGAAAAAAUUAAUCUGAAAACCGCGUCGAUUUGUGCGUGUCUAAACUACCAAAGUACUGUGAGCAGCGAUUUCGACGAGUUGGAGGAGCUGAUGUUGAACUUGUUCCAUGAAGACUAUUUUCUUAAUAUGAUCUAA